UAUUUACAAUUACAAACACAAAUCAGAACGAUUUUUUAUUAAUGAAGGCUUUAUUUGCUGUUUCAUUGCUUUUGGGGGCUAAUGUGAUAUGUUUAAGCAGUGUUGGCCUAGUGGCUUCAGCGUGCGACAUUCAAAUCUGAGGUCGUAGGUAUUGACUUUCUUACUACAAGGAAAACAUGCUGAGAAAGCAGUAGACCCAAAAAGUGGACGGCGUGUGUCACGAAGCGGCUCACCUACUUGCCUAUUAGAUUGUCAAAUGAUCAUGAUGGAAUUGAUACAGAAGUGAGACCCAGGCCUAAAAGUUGCAAGCGACAGUUCUCAAGUAAACACGCUAGGUAGAAGUCGGCAAAAAACUUCGCAUAAACAGAGGAACUAUGCUUAUAUUUACACACUUCAACUUACUGGUAAUAACAAGCUGUGCUGGGUACGCUGAGUUUGAGCAGUUUCCCGGUUUUGAUGAGACGAAACCCGAUACCUUAACAACAACCAUAACUACCAGUACACCUUUUUUAACAAAUAUAACAUUACCCAUAGUCAGGAGUUCUAAGAAGCAGCAAUAUCGUAACAUGACGUCAUUGACUACCACGGAACAUAUAAAAAAUAUGAGUAUAUACACAACAACAAAAAGGUCUAAAUUCAAGUGUCCAAAAGAAGGACCUACAAACUUUGGAGUAUACGAGGUACCGACGCAGAGAGACUUAGCUUUGAUGGCAAAAAAUAUUUUGCUGAACUCAUAUGAUAGUUACAAUCAGCAAUCAAUGCUAUUACUGAAGGAUAUCAAAGAGGCAACGAAAGCAGCUCUGGCAAUGGAGUCUAAAUGUCUUUAUAACAAGCAAAUGUAUGCAAAAUGUGUUAAAAUUGCUGGCAAACAAUGUGAACGUUACACGAAAGAUUCUUUAGCGAAUUUAGAGGCACAAAGAUUGGACGUUUUGGCACUUACUGAGGAUAGGAUCUGUAAUUUAUCAGAUAUGACAGCCGAUCCUUUGCACCUAAUUAAACUAAUAGCUCAAGAAAGGGCGACAUUAGACUUUGCACUACCAGGAUUCUUAAUAUUACUCAAUAAUUGUAGUGCCCAUUGUAUAAGAUCAAACGUCGCUUCUAAAAGAAAGCCUUUGAGGCAUAUGACAGAUCAGGAUCUUGUUAUAAGACAUAUUCUCACCAAAAAGAAUUACAUUCAACUCAUAAACGAUUCAAAGCACAAAGCCUAGCAAGAAUUCAAAUUGUUAAUC